AUGUACAACCUGAGUAGCUACGACACAGGUGACUUCACCCUUUUGGGCAUCCCUGGCCUCGAGCAGUACCACGUCUGGAUCAGCUUCCCCUUCUGCUUUAUCUAUCUCGUGGCCAUUGUGGGCAAUAGUAUCCUUCUCUACCUCAUCGCUGUGGAGCAUAGCCUUCAUGCACCCAUGUUCUUUUUCCUUUCCAUGCUGGCCAUGGCAGACCUGAUACUGUCUACCACCUGUGUCCCCAAAAGCCUUACCAUCUUCUGGCUUGGCCCCCAGAAAAUCAGUUUUCCUGGUUGUCUGGCCCAUUUUCCUGGUUGUCUGGCCCAGUUAUUCUUUCUGCACUACAGCUUUGUGCUGGACUCGGCUAUACUCCUGGCCAUGGCAUUUGACCGCUACGUGGCCAUCUGCUCUCCCCUGAGAUACACCACUAUUCUGACCCCCAGGACCAUUGUCAAAAUUAUUGUGGGAAUCUCCUUCAGAAGUUUCUGUGUUAUUGUGCCAUGUGUUUUCCUUGCAAAUCGUCUACCCUUCUGCAGGACCCACAUCAUACCGCACACAUACUGUGAGCACAUAGGUGUGGCCCGGCUCGCCUGUGCUGACAUCUCCAUCAACAUCUGGUAUGGCUUUUGUGUCCCCAUCAUGACGGUGAUUUCAGAUGUGAUCCUAAUUGCUGUCUCCUACAUUCUGAUCCUCUGUGCCGUCUUCCGCCUCCCCUCCCGGGACGCCUGCCUCAAGGCCCUUGGCACGUGUGGUUCCCACGUCUGUGUCAUCCUCAUGUUCUAUAUCCCAGCAUUCUUCUCCAUCCUUGCCCAUCGCUUUGGGCAUAAUGUCCCUCGUACCUUUCACAUCAUCUUAGCCAACCUCUAUGUAGUCAUCCCACCUGCCCUCAAUCCUGUUGUCUAUGGAGUAAAGACCAAGCAGAUCCGGGACAAAGUCAUCUGUCUGCUCUUUCCCCAGAGGUCCCAGUGA